CCGCCACUCUGCCGAUCGCUGCCCGCCAUCAAGGAGGGUCCGUCGGACGGACGUGCUGCGGAACUGCGCCCAUGCAUGUAAAAUUACCGUGCUGAUGGCCUCCACCGCAGCGUCGCUCUCCCCGAGGCUCCGCCCCAGCAAAACAGGCGACGUGCUUCCCGAAUCACCGACAAGGUGGCGGGAUAACACUUGUGAUCAGCACAGCAACGACGGUCUCGAAAAAAUCCACCGCAGCGCCCACUGCAAGGGGCAUGGGUGAUCAAUCUGCCACCCGAACACCCGGAUGGGCGAACAGGCUUGAUAAUUCGGAGACGGGCACGACCCCUCAUCACGAAGAAGGAGCACACUGGGGGAGGCAGGGAGGGAGGGGGGAAGGGCACGACAGAAGAGGAGGGGGCAACAUCACAGCCUCACCGUGCAGAACUCGGCGUGGUGUCCUCUCCCCGCCGAGCGCUUGCAGCGCCCGCUCCAAAAAAAAAUGCGAGUGUCAAGCGUCUGCUCGGGAGGAGGAGGAGGAGGAGGAGGAGGAGGAGGAGGAGGAGGAGGAGGAGGAGGAGGAGGAGGAGGAGGGGGCAACAUCACAGCCUCACCGUGCACAGCUCGGCGUGGUGUCCUCUUCCCGUCGGGCGCCCUCGCCAGGGCUCCACCCCAGCAACAAAAACGACGUGCUGCCCGCAUCACCGACCAAGUGGCUGGAGAGCACUGUGGCCUGCAUGACAACGACACUCUCCAAGCUCUGGGCGCAGAGAUGUCCCCUCGAGCAGCAGACGGGCGACGACAACCCGGACACGUAGCCCAAUCACUCGGCCAAACACUGGACCAACGCUUGGCCACACGGGCGGUCCCAGAGGCAGAGGGCGGCGGUGCUUCGACGCAGGCGCUCUCGCGAAAGAGCUCGGAGGAGCGUGCGUGAACGGACCGCGGCCAAGAAAAAGACAACGCCCAGGGCUGGAGGAUCAUAAAGAAAACGCGACGCGGGGGGGGCGCUGCGCGGGCCUGAUCGACAGGCCACGGGAGCCGGCCCCCGGCCGCACGCCGCUCUCUCGGCAGCGCGCGAAACCUCGAGCGACCAGUGCUUAUACGUUUUAGUGGAGCCCCGCGCGGUUUCGCGGCUGCCGAGGGCCAGCCCUGCCCGCUCCGGGCCCGCGGGUUAUAUAAGAGAGCCCCGGCGGUCGGGCGGUGCCAGCUCUGGGGGUAAAGACGCGCUCCAGGCUGGCAGGCCGGAGCUGCUCGAUCCGCGCCGCCCCCUUGGCACAGAUCGCACAUAGGGCGCUGGCCGCACGGCGCCGACGGCGGCCUCUCCCGCCGCUGCCGGGCUGGGACGAGGCGGGCACCGCAUUGAAAAAUCACGACGUCGGAUCUCUAGGGAUGCGCCCAUCAGAAACUGAGGGCAUCCUUCCUAUCAGCAUCGAGGUCGGGCGGCGCCAGCCCUGGGGGUAACGACGCGCUCCGGACUGGCAGGCCGGAGCUGCUCCUCCGCGCCGCCCCCUCGGCACAGAUCGCACAUAGGGCGCCUGCGCACGAGCGCCGACGGCGGCCUCUCCCGCCGCUGCCGGGCGGGGACGAGGCGGGCACCGCAUUGAAAAAUCACGACGUUGGAUCUCUAGGGACGCGCCCAUCAGAAACUGAGGGCAUCCUUCCUAUCAGCAUCGAGGUCGGGCGGCGCCAGCUCGGGGGGUAUACCGACGCGCUCCGGGCUGGCAGGCCGGAGCUGCUCCUCUGCGCCGCCUCCUC